CUGGUGCCUAUGACACAAUCACCUUUCUCUUGUUGUUUACUCAGCCAUCAGAGCACCAUAAGAACAGCGAUCAACGUUGAAAGGGGAAAAUGGCAGGGUCUGUACCCCCUUGCUUUAGUGAAUUGCGAAUGGUCCUCAUUAGACCUGACAGAUGUGGACUCACUGUGGCAAACACCAUAUUUGGAAAAGAGAUCUUUGAGCCUGGAAACAUCACUCUGAAGUGUGAGAAUGAAAAUAGGGAAGUGAACGGAAGGAAGGUAUGUUUGGUCAAAUCCCCUGUCUGGCUGAGAGGGUAUUUUUUGUGUGACACACCUAACAUUGUGAAGGAUGAACUUGUGCUCAGUGUAGCUCAGUGUCCACCUGGACCCCAUGCUUUCAUCAUCCAGAUUGAGGCUAACCUGCCAUUCACCAACCUAUGUAGGAGAUCUUUACAGCAUCACUUGGAGCUACUUGGAGAGAAUGUGUGGAAUCACACUUUAGUGCUUUUCACUAAUUUGGACUGUCAGGACAACUACACAGUUGAGCAGCACAUUGAAAGUGAAGGGGAGCCCCUCCGGUGGCUGUUGAAUAAAUGUGCGAACAGGUAUCAUGUUUUUGACAGUGUUCAGAAUAUUGACCAGGUCGAGCAGAUGUUUAAGAAGGUGGAAGAGAUGGUUAAAGAAAACAGCGGCCGCCAUUUUGAAAUUGACAGUGCACUGCUAAGUUGCACUGAACAACGAAGGAAUGAAGUGGACAGGAAGGCAAAGGAAAGACAUCUAAGACUGCAAGAGGAAAGAAAGCAGCUUAAAAGACAAGAAGAACUCAGAAUUAUAAUGUUAGGAUGGGUCAUAGCUGGAAAAAGUAUAACCGGAAAUAUCAUCUUAAACAUGGAUGAGUUUGGAAAGGAGGGACACACAACGAAGAGUGUUAAACAUUGUGGAGAGCUAGAGGAAUAUCGGAUAACCAUGGUCGACACACCAGGAUGGUGGAAGUUGUUGGGAGCAGAGUUCACAUCAGAUUCAGUGAAGGCAGAGAUCCUGGAAGGUGUGUCUAUGUGCUCUCCAUAUCCCCAUGCCUUCCUCUUGAUGAUCCCUGCAGAUACGUCCUUCACAGAAGAACAGAAGAAGGUUGUACAAGACAACAUGAAGCUACUAGGAGAGCAAGUUUGGAGCCACACCAUAGUGGUCUUCACUAACGGCAAGUGGUUGGGUGACUAUACCAUUGAGCAUCACAUUGAGAGUGAAGGCGAAGCUCUAGAGUGGCUGAUCGAAAAAUGUGGGAACAGGUAUCACAUAUUUGACAGAGAUGUGAAGGACAUAAAUAAUGUCCCAAAACUGGUGAGAACAAUAGAAGAAAUGGUGUCAAAAAACAAUCCAUAUGAGGCGAGCAGAGAGACACUGAGUCCCUUGGAGAACAGGGUAUCCACAGCUGUCCAGAAGGAAGAUGAACCACUUUUAAAGAUGGUGGAAGUUCUCUACAGCGAAUGGGACUGGAAAGCUUCAGAAUGGUUUGUGAUUGAGCAACAACUUCUCUUGGCAUCAGGACUACUACCUAUUUCACCUGGUAAUCAGAGCAUGAAUGAACCAUUACAUUAUUGUCACAGUGACACGAGCCAUGAUAACUGGAAACAUGCCCUGAAAGUCUCAAACAAAAGGAAAGUUUCCAAAAGCGUCAAACAGGAGGAGAAAAUAGAAACUUUGCUUGGCAAAUAUUUUGGGAUUGGAAAGGAGAGUUUAUCAGAAUUAAUGGAGAAAACCUUGAAGAAUUUUGACAAAGACAAUCAGGAAUCUUUGGGUGUUGAUUCAGUUGAUUCUGGUAUGACAGAACUCAAACCCCAAUGGAAGGAACUAAUUGAGAGGGAGUGGAUUCGAAGAGAAAAUAAAUUGAUGUAUGAAGUCAUACACAAGCUUUCCAUUCAAUGGGAAAAUUAUGGUAAAACCUCUGAACUUGAUCUUCAAGGAAGGGCAAGCGUUAAUCAGAAAGUCAGCUCAUGGUUACACAGCCAUGGAUAUCAUUCUGGAGCUGGAAGCGUGGAAACUCCAGAGAGCAGUGACAGAGAGCAGUUGCAAUAAAGAAAUAUCUUCCUUAAAGUCCAGCAGAAAGGCUUAAGACGCACUUGUUCCGGGAGUACAACGGUACCAAUGAUUUGCUGGACCUGAUGUUAGUUUCCUCCAGGAACACAAUGACUGUUGUUGAGGGACUUGUUGCUUUUGUAUUUUGUAUAAUGUUGGUUAGUUGUAACUGAUUUAACUUUUUGUACUCGCUGUGAAUUAUAUUAUGGUUGCUUGCUUUUUCAACAGGUACACUCUUGCACUUUUUGAGUAUUAUGUUGUUGAAUUGUAACUUCUUUACCUACAUGCUCUUAGGGUCCUUCCGAUUGGCACUUAUUUGCUUUUCACAAUGUAUGCUUCAUGUUUUGUCGACCCGCAAUGUUUUGGGGCUAUCUUGUUAUGAUCAGUGACCUAUGCACUUUUGUAAAGCUCUUUCUUGGAAGUCACUUUGGAUAAAGCGUCUGCUAUAUGAAUAAAUGUAAAUGUAAAUCUCGGGGUCGGCUUCCAAUUCAUUUCAAUGAAACCGGGCUUUGACACUCGCGUAGGGCAUUGUGGGAGCGCCAACGCUCAGUUUCAUUGAAAAUGAAUUGGAAGCCAACUUUGACACGCCGCCGCUCCGCUGUAGAGUCUUGGAUAUUAAUAAAUGUUAUCAAUCUGCAGAUUCAGAGAGAAAAUCAGACCUCUGACAAUAAAUGACAACACAACACCAGGUUUAGGUCUCAA